GUCGCUGUCCCCGGCGGAAGGGAAAGGGAGCCGGACGGGCGGAGCGCUGCGGGGGCGCACCCGGCGCCCGGCACUUCCGGUCCCUCCGAGACCACGAUGGAGCUCGGCGAAGGAUGGCGGGCGAGGCUGGGCGGGCCCGGCGGCGAGGAGGCCGAGGAGGAGGAGGAGGAGGAGAGCGGCUCCGAGGCCGAGGUAGGCGAGGGGGCGGCGGGAAGGGAGAGCCGGGCAGCGCCUGCCCCGCUCGUCCCCCUCCUCUCCGGCGGGGCCUUGCUCUCCCUCUCUCUUUCUCCCUCUCCCCCUUUCUCUCUCUCUUUCUCCCUCUUUCUCUCCCUCCCUCUUUUCUCCCUCUCCCCCUUUCUCUCUCUCUUUCUCCCUCUUUUCUCCCUCUCCCCCUUUCUCUCUCUCUUUCUCCCUCUCUCUUUCUCCCUCUUUCUCUCCCUCCCUCUUUUCUCCCUCUCCCCCUUUCUCUCUCUCUUUCUCCCUCUCUCUUUCUCCCUCUUUUCUCCUUCUCCCCCUUUCUCUCUCUCUCCCUCCCUCUUUUCUCCCUCUCCCCUUUCUCUCUCUCUUUCUCCCUCUCUCUUUCUCCCUCUUUCUCUCCCUCCCUCUUUUCUCCCUCUCCCCCUUUCUCUCUCUCUUUCUCCCUCUUUCUCUCCCUCCCUCUUUUCUCCUUCUCCCCCUUUCGCUCUCUCUCUAUUUCUCCCUCUUUCUCUCCCUCCCUCUUUUCUCCCUCUCCCCCUUUCUCUCUCUCUUUCUCCCUCUCUCUUUCUCCCUCUUUCUCUCCCUCCCUCUUUUCUCCCUCUCCCCCUUUCUCUCUCUCUUUCUCCCUCUUUCUCUCCCUCCCUCUUUUCUCCCUCUCCCCCUUUCUCCCUCCCUCUUUUCUCCCUCUCCCCUUUCUCUCUCUCUUUCUCCCUCUCUCUUUCUCUCCCUCCCUCUUUUCUCCCUCUCUUUCUCCCUCUCUCUUUCUCCCUCUUUCUCUCCCUCUCUCUUUCUCCCUCUCCCCCUUUCUCUCUCUCUUUCUCCCUCUCUCUUUCUCCCUCUUUCUCUCCCUCUUUCUCCCUCUCCCCCUUUCUCUCUCUCUUUCUCCCUCUUUCUCUCCCUCCCUCUUUUCUCCUUCUCCCCCUUUCGCUCUCUCUCUAUUUCUCCCUCCUCCUUUUCUGCCCCUCUUCUCUCCCUCCCCCCUCACUCUGUCUCCGCUCACAUCUCUUGUCUCGUCUCCCCCUAGGAGGUGUCUGUGGGCCGAGGCGGUCGCAGCGGAGACUUCGCGGCGGGCUUUGCGUUUGCCGAGGCGUCGGCGGGGCCCAGCGGAGGCCCCUGGGCGGAGGUGCUGAGGCAGCUCAAGGGGAAGGUGAGAGUGGGGGGGGGGGGGGCUCCGCAGGGGCACAUACUCUGCGCCAUCACUCCCCCCCAAAAAAAACUCCCACCACCACCUUCUGGCCUGAUCCAGCAGGGCAGCUUCUCCGAAGCCACUGCCAAUUCUUCUUCAUCCUCCUCUGGAGCAAAAAAGGUUCCCGGACCUUCUCUCUGUCCCCCUGCUCCUCUUAUCUGAGACCUGCCAAGUCCAGAUGGGAAGGUUGCUCCGUGCCUCAAGGUUCCCAUGAGGUCAUCCUGCUGGAGCUUCUGAUCUUUGGGGUUUCACUCCUGCACUCACCUUGUUUGUUUUCUCUUAUGCAGAGAUCCGCUACUAGCCUGGACGAGAAGAUUGCAACUGUAAGAAAGAAAAGGAAAGCCCAGGUUAGAAAUUCCCACCUGUUUGGAAUCUUCUGGGUUCCUGUAUCUGCGUGGAUAAGGGCAGCAAUUUGCCCUCGACAUUGCAGGGGCGCAUCAUGUGGUGCAUCAUGUUACACGUCAUGUGCCGGUACUCGAGCGCUGGGUGUGGAAUGGGGAGCUGGGCUCCAUGCUUGGCCUCCUCCUCCCCACGCUACAUCGGGCAGGGAGGAGGAGGCUGCGGGGCAGGGCUGCCAGCUCCACACUCUUGUCCACACAACAUCGGCAGGGAGGAGGAGGAGGGCCACGGGAUUUUGGGGCAGCUCAGUCCCCUCCUUGAAAAAAUUGGGGGUGCUGAAUACCCCUCAGUCCCCACCACUUGGUGUGCCUGUGUGUGGAUGUUGUGCUGCCUUCCAAAAGUAGUGUCCUCCAAAACUAAGUGUCCAACUGGUCUAUUUCAUGUGCAGGGGAACCUCUGUGACUGCAGAAUGACUUAUCUAAGCACAACAGAACUUCCCAUUUUCAGGACCCCAAAGUCAGGGCAGGUGGCCAUUCAUAACACCAUACAUUUGGAAGGGGCCUGGAAGGUCUUCUAGCCCAAUCCUCUGCUUAAUACAAGAUCAGCUUCUGGAUGGGGCAGCAUGUGUAACCCAUGAAAGAGCUGUGUGGGCUUUGCCUUUUGCAUGAGGUGCCUGCAGUGUGAUUGCAUCUUUGUAGGGACCCUUGGAGAAUCUUCAAGCAGUUUUUCUGGUUCAGUGGACCAUUAUUUAAUCAUGGAAUCUUAGAGAAGGAAGUUUAGAAGCAGGCUUACAAUGGCAGAAACAAUUCCCUAACGUAUUUGACGCUAACGGAUUUGUGUCACAUAAAGUGGUGCUUUAUGUUCUGGCUGCAAGAAAGAUGAGAAAAAGAAACAAUAUUGCAAAAAGUUGCGCUGGAGAUUCAGAGGUCUAAUGGAAGUUCAGCUUGGUAUGCGCUAGCAGAUGAUACAAACUCUGACUCCCUUUCUUUAUAUGCUUGAUGCUUUGGAGUACGUAGUUGUUGUACGCUGUUUGUUACAGUUUGGCAAAUUGUAAUGAAAUUGUUACGGUCUUUGGUCAAGACAAUAAACUCUUUGGCCAUAGAGAAGGAGGCUGGGCAGUAAAAAACAAUGUCCCAUUUGGGGGGGUCUUUUCCAGGAAAAGCAAGCUAAACAAGGGCCAGCAAAAGAAGAUGCUGGGGAGGCUACACAGGAGAAUGUAGACAAGAUGGAUGCUGGAGGAAGUGAGGAGGAAGAUGCAAAGGAGGAGGUGGAGGAGGAGGAGGUGGAGUCUGAGUACUCUUCGGCAGAUGAGAGCAUCUUCACAAAAGCUGGUAACCAUGGCGAUGGAUGUGCUGUGCAGGCACCGGGGCAGAAGAGAGCAAGUGUGCAUCUUCUGUGCCUUACAGUGGGGCAGCUGACAUACUUUUUGCAGCUAGCUGCAUGAAUCGAGGUUUUAGUAGGAGGUGCUACUCUCUGAUUUGUAAUGUGUUCUGAUCAUCUUUUGGUGGGGGGGUCGUGUGGUUUUUUACAGAUACACUCAAGGUGAAGCAGCGACGGAAAAGGAAGCGAGGUGGAGAGGAGGUGAGCCUUUGGAUGCUGGGUGGUGCCGGGUGAGGAGGAGUACCUGCAGAAACAGGGGUCCUUCCCUCAUGUUGUGACUCUGUGUUCCAGGCUUUCUCUUUCUGAUCCUCCUUUCUAGGAACCUGAGCAGUUCUUUGAAGAUGCUUCACAGUAUGAUGACAGCCUGUCGUUCCAAGAUAUGAACCUCUCCCGGCCCUUGCUGAAGGUAGCCAGAUCCUGCUUUCUUUCAGAGGGAGAUGGCGAAGGUGGUUGCCUAGUCUCUUUUGGAGGGGCAAAUCUCAGCCCACACUGAGUCAUCACAUUUGACAGCUUUUGUGGCCCCAGGAGUAAAUUAGGCAAACAUGCCUUGCCUAAUUCAAACAAAAUAACAAAAGAAACAGAUCUGUGAAAAUGCAGGCUUGUUUGGUAUCUCUUAUUGGAAGGACAGCAAAACAAAAAACAAAAAACUACUGUUUAGCAGCAAAGAUAACGUUAGGAUGUUCACCAUACACUGGAACCUCGGUUUUUGAGCAUCUUGGAAGCUGAACGUUUCGGAAUCUGAAUGUCAAAAACCCGGAAGUAAUUGCUUCUGUUUUCAAACAUGUCCGCUGCGUGUUUUUCUUUUUUCUCAAUGGAUUUUGCCGACCUCCCAUCCCAUUGCUUCUUGGUUUUCGAACGUUUUCUCUGAGGUUCCACUGUACUGUUAACAGGGUUCGAGGCUUCUGGGUAAAUGGACCUUAAAUGAGCCUGUAGUUGGAGGAUGGAAGAAGAAAGUUCUUGUUUAUUUAUGUUUAAAUUUGUAUGCCAGCCUUCACCCGAAGAUCACAGGGCGGUUCACAACAUAAAAAUACAAAAUGAGACCACAAAAUACAUAAGAAAACAAAAACAAACCCAUAACUCUCCACCCACAAACACAUUUAAAAAGCUGUAGAAGGUUAAUCAGUCAAAGGCCUGGUUGAAGAAAAAUUGUUUUUGCCUGGCAAAAAAAGAUAUGUAAUGAAGGCGCCGGGCGAGCUUCUCUGGGGAGAGCUUUUCACAAAUGAGGAGCGCACAGCAGGAAAGGUUUUGCCCGCCCUCUGGACCUCAUGGAGGAGGCAUCAGAAGAAGGGCCUCAGGUGAUGAUCACAGGGUCAGGGUCACUUCAUGUGGGGAGAGGGGGUCCUUGUCGGUUGUCAGUCAGUCCAGUUUAUUUGCUAAAAAAGGGUUAGUAAGGUGGACAUUUAACUUGCUUUCACUUUAAGAUGAGCAUAAGAAUGUGGGUUUUAAAUUAAAAUCAGUAGUCUUUUUUCAAUAUUUGUAUUGCAGCUUAGACCAAACUCUGCCUAUCAAAUCAAAAGCUAAAGGUAGAUCUGUAAAUGCUACAAGAAGAUACCGUGUUAACCUUUUGUGCAUGCACAAUUUGCCGUCAAAGCAGCUGUCUAGAUUGGUUCCUGCUGCUUCAGUGGGAUAUUUCAUUUCCCUCAGUCCACACAAUUCAAUGCUCUGAAAUCUAGUUGAAUUCUUCUCCAUUAUUACAUGUCCAAAGCUGAAAUAAGAAAUUCUACCACAUUCUGCAAUUGGUUCCUCUAGUAUAAAAAACCACUUUCCUAAAAAUUCUGAUUAUUUUCUGAAGAUCCUGAGAGCGCUUAGCCACCUGACGUUCAGAAUCAAACCAGCCAUCAGAAUCAAGUAUUUCACUUUCUGGGGCUGUAGUAGUAGUAGUAGUAGUAAUAAUAAUAAUAAUAAUUUACUGUAUUUUUCCAUGUGUAAGACUAUAUUUCCCCCCUAUUUUUUCAAGUUUAAAAUUAGGGGUCGUCUUAUACAUGGAUAGUGCAUAUGGGGGAUUUCUUUAUUUGGAGUCCCAAAAAAUAGGGGGCGUGUUAUACAUGGAAAAAUACGGUAUUAGAUUGCAGAAAGACGGGAAUUACUGCCUUUGUAGGCUAUCAGCAGAAUUACCUGAAGUAUUGCCUCGAGUGAUAAAACGUUACCCUUGAGUUCAAAUAAGUUGUAGUCUGAGAGUGGAUCAGUCUCUCUCUCUUGGAAUCUGCUAGGCCAACCAGGGUGACGUAGUUAGCCUUCCUGCACGGAAGACGCCCCUCGGCUGGGUAUGGGCAGCAGCCAGCAAGGCUGAGCUAGAAAUGGCCACUUUCCCAUUCAUCUCCCCUGAAAUGAUCGUAUGCUGGGAUUACUGCCCAGUUUGGAGACCCAGUCCCUCUGAGAGGCCAGAGAGCAGCAUGUUGAUGUGCGUUCCAAGUUAAGCGUUUGCAUAGUUGUAGGGCAGAGACCUGCUCACACUGGCUUCUUCCCAACGGCUGUGAUUGGCAGGCAAUAACCGCCCUGGGCUUCAAGCAGCCGACCCCCAUCCAGAAGGCCUGCAUCCCUGUGGGGCUCCUGGGGAAGGACAUCUGCGCAUGUGCGGCUACAGGGACAGGUAAGCCCCGGGUUCAAGGGAGUGGGGGUGGGGCAAAGGCUUGGGGUGGGCCAGGAGGCUGACCUAUGUCUUUGUCUUCAGGGAAGACCGCAGCCUUCAUUCUGCCUGUGCUGGAGCGCCUGAUCUACAAGCCCCGCCAAGCCCCAGUGACGCGGGUGCUGGUUCUGGUGCCCACCCGGGAGCUGGGCAUUCAGGUGCACUCUGUCACGAAGCAGCUGGCGCAGUUCACCAGUGUCACCGCCUGCCUGGCCGUGGGUGAGUGAGCAGGACCCGGAGAGGGCUCCUUGGGGGGCGUGACUUUGUUUGCACCCAUCCUGCCCAGCAAGGGGGCUGCAGUGCAUUCGGUGAGCUGAUGCCCCCGCCCGGUUUGUGUCCUUGCAGGGGGCCUGGACUUGAAGACCCAGGAGGCGGCGCUGCGCUCGGGCCCCGACAUCCUCAUCGCGACCCCCGGACGCCUCAUUGACCACCUGCACAACUGCCCCUCCUUCCACCUGGACAGCGUUGAGGUCCUCAUCCUGGACGAGGCUGACCGGUGAGGGGAAUCUCUGGGCACAGGCAGGUGGGGGGGUGAGGCCCUCAGAACACCAAGAGGCCUGGCUGCAGGAUCAGGCCAAAGGAAGCCCACCCAGGCCAGCAUCCUGCUCUCACAGCGGUCCAUCAGAGGCCUGCCUAGGGAACCCCAGAAGCAGGACCUGAGCACGAGAGCAAUGCUCUCCCCAUCUGUGAACCCCAAAACCCCAUAUUCAGAGGUAGGCUGCCCUGGACACUGGAGGAAGAACAGAGCCGUCAUGGCUAGUAGCCAUGGGCAGCCACCUUCUCUGUCCAUUUGUCUAGUCCUCUUUUGAAGCCCUUCAAGUUUGUGGCCAUCAGCACGCCUGGUUUAUGCACUGUGUGAAUUCCUUCCUUUAUCUGCCCUGAGCCUCCUUGGGGUUCUAGUACCAUAGAGUCAUAGAAGAGUAGAGUUGGAAGGUACUUACAAGGGUCAUCAAGUCCAGCCCCUGCCAUGCAUGGAUCUCAGCUCAAGCAUCCCUGACAGCUGGCCAUCCAACCUCUGCUUAAAAACCUCCCAGGAAGGAGAGUCUGCAACCUUCUGAGGGCAUCUGUUCCACGGUUGAACAGCCCUUACAGUCAGAGAGUUUUUCCGUAUGUCUACAAUCAGAAUCUCCUUUCUUGUCACUUGAAGCCAUGGGUUCAAGUCUUCCCCUCCAGAGCGGGAGAAAGCAAGGCUGUUCUCUCUGCCAUGUGACAGCCCUUAAGAUAUUUGAAGAUGGCCGUCAUGUCACCUUUCAGUACUAUGAGGAAGGGAAAGAAAAGCAUCUCCCUCUCUUCUUUCUUCACCCUGUGUGUUAUUUUGCACACCUCUUGUUUUCUGCUCCCUUGCUGCCAUUCCUUUCAGGGCGCUGCCCCAUCCCCUGGGAUCUCGAUCCUAGCCCAGACCUGCCUUUUGGCACAGGCUGGCUGGGUUGUCAGCUUUUGUGCCUGGAGGAGGAGGCCUCAUCCCCCCCCCACUUGCUCACCUGCCUCUCCCGCUCCCCACAGGAUGCUGGAUGAGUACUUUGAGGAGCAGAUGAAGGAGAUCAUCCGGCUGUGUUCCCGACAUCGCCAGACCAUGCUGUUUUCUGCCACCAUGACAGACGAGGUACCAAGGGAGACCCAGAGAGGAGACUGGGGAGGGUGCAGUUGUGACAAUGCGCUGGGCGGAUAGGAAGUGGCUGCGGGAAUCUUGUCAUGUAUUUGAAUCUUGGUGCUGCGCUGCAGAACAGCGACCCCCCUGUGAUCUCCCUUGGACCGGGAUGUCCUGCUUCUCUUGGAGUAUUAGGGGGACCUUCCUGGCAGGGCUGACGAAGCUUCCCCCUCUCUGGCAGGUGAAAGACUUGGCCUCCGUUUCCUUGAAGAACCCUGUCCGGGUCUUUGUGAACAGCAACACAGAUGUGGCCCCGUUUCUGCGCCAGGAGUUUGUCCGCAUCCGGCCCAGCCGCGAGGGAGACCGGGAGGCGAUUGUGGCAGGUGGGAGCCUGGAGUGGGGGUCCAGCAGCCCUCAGGGGUAGCUUCUGACCCCAUAGCACAUAGCCAUAAUGGUUGCUCUGCCGGAUAUGAGUUGCUGGGAAAGUCGCUCUUGUGCUCAGAUCCUGUUUGCUGGUUUCCUGAUAGGGGCCUCUUUUUGGCCGCUAUGAGAAGAGAAAGCUGGACUAGAUGGGCUGUUGGCCUGAUCCAUCAGGCUUUUAAGAACAUCAGAAGAGCCUGCAGGAUUAGGCCAAAGGCCCAUCUAGCCCAGCACCCAAACAAAUGCCCCAGGGAGGAAGCCCAUGAGCCCGAUUUGAGCACAAGAGUCCUCUCUCCUGUGGUUCCCAGCUGCUGGAAUUCAGAAGCACUGCUGAUACGACUGUGGAGGCCAAGCAUGGCCAUCCUGGCUAAGAGCCACCGAAAGCCCUCUCCUCCCCCAUGCUAUUUUAAAGCAUCCCAGGUUGGUGGUCGUCACCUCCUCCUGUGGGAGUGAGUUCCAGAGGCCAUCUGUGAGUUUUGUGUCCUCCCAUCCCUCUCCUCCUCAGCCCUGCUGACUCGGACAUUCCUGGACCACGUGAUGCUCUUCACGCAGACCAAGAAGCAAGCGCACCGCCUGCACAUCCUUCUGGGCCUGAUGGGCCUCCGUGUCGGGGAGCUGCAUGGCGACCUCUCGCAGGCGCAGCGCCUGGAAGGGCUCCGGUAGGCAGGGACUGAAGUGCCGGGGGGGGGGGGAGGUGGCGCAAGAGAGGCCGGCUGCCCCUGACGCUCCCUCUCUGUGGAUGCUGCCGUUGUCUGCAGGCGCUUCAAGGACGAGCAGAUUGAUGUGCUGGUGGCCACGGACGUUGCGGCACGAGGACUGGACAUUGAAGGUGUCAAAACGGUCAGUGGCUCUCCCCCUCAGCCAGCUUGGGUCCUGCUCAGCUUCUCACUGGGAGAGCGGGAUGCUGGAGCAGGUGGGCCUUUGGCCCGGUCCCGCAGGUGCUCUCCUGAGGCUCUCCUGUCUCGCCACAGGUGAUCAACUUCACGAUGCCCAACACCACCAAGCAUUACGUGCACCGCGUGGGGCGCACAGCACGCGCAGGGCGGGCCGGCCGCUCCGUCUCCCUGGUGGGCGAGGAGGAGCGCAAGAUGCUGAAGGAGAUCGUGAAAGCAGCCAAGGCGCCCGUCAAGGCCAGGGUCCUUCCCCAGGGUAAGCAUGGUGGCAGCGGGGCGGGGUUGGGAAGCAGGGCACGGGGACGGGCACCCUUAGGCCAGCGGUGGCGCUGUGGGAGGCUGAGCGGCUGCCCUUUGCCCCCAGAUGUGAUUCUGCGCUUCCGGGAGAAGAUUGAGAAGCUGGAGUCGGACGUCUAUGCUGUGCUGCGCCUGGAGCGCGAGGAGAGGGAGCUGCAGCACUCGGAGGCCCAGGUGAGGAGGAAGAGGAGGAGGAGGAGGAGGAGGAGGAGGAGGAGCAGGGUGCAGAGGCAGCAAGGGGGGGAAGGAGGCCCUGUGGGGGGACGGGAGGAGGCCUUAGGGGUGCCUGGGCUCAUGGAAGUGCUUAUCUUUGCAAAAGGAAGCAAGCAAGCUCCUACAGAGCAAUUUGGUUUGAGUGCCUCCCUGCUUUGCCCCUCCGGGAUUCCCCUUUAGUUGGCUCCUUUCGUGGUAACUUCCCCCGUGGGACACAGCCCCGCCAGGUGGAUGAGGGAACACGGGGCAGCCCUUGUUUGGCUCCUUACUGAGGUUCCUGGGCAUUGAGGCUGUGCCCAAUGAGGGGCUCUCCCAACAGCAGCCCCUUGACUUUGCUCUCCUCCUAGAUCAACACUGCCAAGCGGAAACUGGAGACGAGUGCUCAGGAAGGGGCGGAGGGCGCUGCCCGCAGCUGGUUCCAGAGCCGGGAGGAGAGGAAGAAGGAGAAGCGUAAGGGCCUGGCCGGGAGAGCGGCAGGGGGCAGCGGCAGGGGGGGCCUUGGCUGUGAAAGUGGGUUCUCUCCUUGCCUGGCUUCUCACCUUCUGCCUCUGGGAUCUCUCCUCUUGCCCAGUUGCCAAGGCCCUGCAGGAGUUUGACUUGGUGCUGCGAGGCACCAAGAAGCGGAAGAAGUUCAUGAAGGAGUCUCAGAAGAAGGCGGCCCAGCUGACGGUGAGCAGUGGCUGAGUGUGUGUGUAUGGGGGGGACGACGGUUGUUUUGAGGGGCUAGUGAGUGAGUUUGGGGGGGGGGAGCACUGCUAGCCCCCUUUGUGCUGUCCCUGCAGCCGGAGGAGCGGUCCCAGUUCGAGAUCCUGAAGUCCCAGAUGUAUGCCGAGCGCCUGGCCAAGAGGAAUCGCCGGCCCAAGCGUGCCAGGGCCAUCCCCGAGGAGGCUCCGUCCGCAGCGGCCAAGGGAGGUAAGCAGCAGCUCCGCUUCUCGGGGGGGGGGGGCUGCCAGGCUGCAGGUCGCCUUGGCUUCAACCUGGGGUCUCCCUCUCUGCCACGUUCCUCAAGGGCCCAGGCAGCAGCACAAGAAGAAGACGUCCGUGUUUGAUGAGGAGCUCACCAACACCAGCCGGAGAGCCCUGAAGCAGUAUCGGGCGGGGUGAGUAUUGUGCAUGCCCCCCCCAUCACCCCAACUGCUAAAAGUUCCCCAGCUAGAAUAAUCUAGUCCAACCCCCUUCAGUAAAGGAAUCACGCCCACCUCUUUGGGGGGGCAGGCUUGUGCCAGCCCCGCCCCCUCUGUCAGCAGAGGCCCUGCCUGGCCGCGAUCCUGACGUCUCUUUCCUGCAGGCCCUCGUUCGAAGACCGCAAGCGCCUGGGUCUUGGCUCAAGGAGGAAGGGAGGGAAUUUCAGAGCAGCCAGCUCCAGGUGAGGCCCCUGGGCUCCCUGCCUUUUCCACCCAUGUCUCUCCCUCCGGCUCUCUUCUGCCUCUUCCACCAGAGGACUGACGCGCUUUCUGCUUCCUGUCUUUGUGCAGGUACAAGAGGAAGAAGUGAGGCAGGAGCUCUCCUGGGCUGCCUUCGUGGGUUUCUGGGUGGUGGAGGCCCUUUUGAGUCUUGGUAUCCAAGUGAGUCUUUCUGGAGGCAGCAGCACCAGCCACAUCCGGGCAGCUGGAGGCAGCUUCGGCUGGGAAGGACAAGCCAGACCGCUUCCCACUGUUGCGGCCUGAAAAUCGGAAUUCACCAGUACCUUGCUUGCCUGCGUAUUGCAGCCCCAUUUGCUUUCUAACAUUUCUCACCGAGGAAGAAACUGUUCAUGUUCUGAGAAACUGUAGAUUAUUCUACACGUUUAUCAUUAAAAAUGACUUUUUUGACAGACUACAGGUCUCAUGUGAAACUUUCUAAAAAAAAGGUGUGGAUGAUGGUAGAGAACCUCUACUUCUGUGUGGAAUUGGGAAAAUGUAUCACUCAAGUGUGCUGUGAAAUAUGAAGUCAAAAAUUCCCAGUGUCAGGACAGAACUGUGUAAUAAGAUAGCAGAAAUCUUGCUAUAAAUCAUGAUUUAUUUAC